AUGUCCUCCAUUUUCAAAGCCUUGGCUGGAAGUAACAAUACCUCACAAAAAAGUAAACAACAAAAUGAAAAACAAUUUAUGAAUAGACAACGUACUUUACUUAUUUCCAGUAGAGGAGUUAAUUUCAGACAUCGUCAUUUAAUUCAAGAUUUAGAUUCCCUCUUACCACAUGCCAGAAAGGAACCAAAACUUGAUACCAAGAAAGAUUUACAGCAAUUAAACGAGAUUGCAGAGUUAUAUAACUGUAAUAAUAUAUUGUUCUUCGAGGCUAGAAAACAUCAAGAUUUAUAUUUAUGGUUAUCCAAGCCACCUAAUGGUCCAACUAUCAAAUUUUAUAUACAAAAUCUACACACUAUGGAUGAACUUAAUUUUACAGGUAAUUGUUUAAAGGGAUCUCGUCCAAUUUUAUCAUUCGAUCAUAGAUUUGAAACUACUCCCCAUUAUCAGUUAAUUAAAGAAUUACUAAUCCAUAACUUUGGUGUUCCACCACAUGCGAGAAAAAGCAAACCAUUUAUUGACCAUGUUAUGUCUUUCAGUAUUGUCGAUGAUAAAAUAUGGGUCAGAACAUACGAGAUUAAAAAUGCUGCAAGAAAUAAAACUGAAUAUGAGGAAGGUCAAGAAGAUUUUUCCUUAGUAGAAAUUGGCCCAAGAUUCGUCAUGACUACUAUCUUAAUUUUGGAAGGUUCAUUUGGUGGUCCUAAGAUUUAUGAAAACAAACAAUAUGUAUCUCCAAAUGUUGUAAGAGCUCAACUAAGACAUCAAGCUGCAGAAGAAGCUAAGAAUAGGGCCGAAGCUGCCAUCCAAAGAAAACUUAAGAAGAGAGAAAGUAUAUUAGCAGCAGACCCAUUAUCUAACGAUGCUAUUUUUAAAUGA